UAAUAAGUCAUUCAGUAAUCUGAAGAGACAUCAGCACUUACAUGUUGAUGCGUGCAGUAAAUCAUAGAGCAGUAGAGAUGGGUGUAGACUAAAGGAACAGUAUGUGACUUGUAGCAUGCCACAGUUUUUCAUGUUGUAAGUAAGACAGUUUUGCUGUAUGUGACAUGCUUGAAUUUUGUAGAAUGCUACAAUAUAUUGGAGUUGAUUGCUGUUACUAGCCAUAAUAACUGAUGGGAAAUUAACUGAGUCCCAUGGUACAAAACAUCUGUGCAAAUGAGUUCCAUUUUAGUCUGAUUGCUAAAUGUGCACAAGACCCUGUCUUGUUUCAUGGAAGCAGACGUGACAUGACAUGACAUUCUUCUGCAGUUAUGAUGUUAAUUCAGCACUGGAAGUAGUCACUGAAAUGGAUCAACAGCUUAUACACAUAAUCCAGCAGCAUCAUAUGCUUUUCGCUGUGUUAUCUUUGCUCUUCUGCCAUUACAUCCCCAACACCCACCGCACAUCAUCACCUAAUGCUGGUCCAGACGUCCUCAAGUCUCUAGAAGAAACUGGGAGUGGGGAAGGCGGUUAUGAAUGUGAGCAGUUUCUGUUUCAUGUAGCCCCAACACCCACUGCACUGCACCACUCGAUGCUGGUCCAGAAGUCAUCAAGACUCUAGAAGUAACUGGGAGUGGGAAAGGUGGUUAUGAAUGUGAGCAGUUUCUGUUUCAUGAAGCCCCAACAUCCACUGCACUGCACCACUCGAUGCUGGUCCAGAAGUCAUCAAGACUCUAGAAGUAACUGGGAGUGGGAAAGGUGGUUAUGAAUGUGAGCAGUUUCUGUUUCAUGAAGCCCCAACAUCCACUGCACUGCACCACUCGAUGCUGGUCCAGAAGUCAUCAAGACUCUAGAAGAAACUGGGAGUGGAGAAGGUGGUUAUGAAUGUGAGCAGUUUCUGUUUCAUGAAGCCCCGACACACACUGUCCUGCAUCACUUGAUGCUGGUCCAGAAAUUAUCAAGACUCUAGAAGAAAUUGGGAGCGGGGAAGGCGGUUAUGGCUGUGAGCAGUUUCUGUUUCAUGAAGCCCCGACACCCACUGCACAGCAUCACUCGAUGCUGGUCCAGAAGUCAUCAAGUCUCUAGAAGAAAAUGGGAGUGAGAAAGGUGUUUAUGGCUGUGAGCAUUUUGUUUGUUUAUUUUUAUUUUUCUCAACAGUGGUGUGCAGGGUAUAAACCUACCUAACAGAAAGGUUUUAAAACAGCUUCUUGAAUGUAUUUAUUUUGAAAAGGGAAACCAAAGAUAACCGCAAGUAACAUGUACAGGGCGUUCCGCAGUGGAACUGACCAACUUUGCCAGCAGGUUUGGGUGGUUAGUGUA